AUGAAAAACUAUACAGAAAUAACAGAGUUUAUCCUCUUGGGAUUGUCAGAUGACCCAAAGAUUCAGGUUGUGAUUUUUGUCUUUCUGUUCAUCACCUACCUGCUGAGCAUCACUGGGAACCUGACUAUCAUCACCCUGACCUUGCUGGAUUCCCAUCUCCAGACCCCCAUGUAUUUCUUCCUCAGGAAUUUCUCUCUAUUAGAGGUUUCAUUCACAACUGUCAGUAUACCCAAGUUCCUGGGUGCCAUUCUUACAGGAGAUAAAACCAUUCCCUUUAAUGAUUGUAUGGCUCAGUUAUUUUUCUUUAUUCUUUUGGGAGUUACAGAGUUUAAUCUUCUGACUGCCAUGUCCUUUGACCGCUAUGUGGCCAUCUGCAAACCUCUGUAUUACACAACUAUCAUGAAUCAUAAAGUCUGUACACUGCUUGUCUUCACUUCUUGGCUGACCUCAUUCUCAAUCAUAUUCCCAUUAGUUAUGCUAUUUAUACAGCUUGAUUACUGUAAGUCCAAUAUUAUUGAACAUUUCACCUGUGAUUAUUUUCCCUUAUUGCACCUUUCCUGUUCAGACACAAAACUCCUAGAGUUAACAGGUUUUUCCUGUGCUGUAUUUACUCUACUGUUCACUUUGGCAUUAAUAAUUCUCUCUUAUAUACAGAUCGUCAGAACAAUUUUGAGAAUUCCUUCUACUAGUCAGAGGACAAAGGCCUUUUCCACUUGUUCUUCCCACAUGAUUGUCAUCUCCAUCUCUUAUGGCAGCUGUAUUUUCAUGUAUAUUAACCCAUCAGCAAAAGAUAGGGUGUCUUUGAGCAAGGGAGUAGCUGUGCUAAACACCUCAGUAGCCCCCAUGCUGAACCCCUUUAUUUACAGCCUAAGAAACCAUCAAGUUAAGAGAGCCUUCAUGGACAUGGCCAGGAAGGUUGCAUUUUCUCUAAGCAAAUGA